AUAAUUCCAAUCGGCCGGAAACAACAGGCUACUCCGAGCAGCUCCUUCGUCCCUUAGCUACCGGCCGUUUAUAAUCAAUGUUUUGACUCAAUUAUACGCGUUAACGUCGGUGUGGAGUCUUAAUAAACCCGCCAGUUGCAUAGAAAAUCAAUACAAACAUUUGGACAUUGGAAGUAUUACGUCAUUGGAUAACAUUAGACUUGGGCAUAAGGACACUAAGUGGCUAGCUAGCGAGCUAGCCAUUUCAUCUCUGACAAAUUUAUAGAUAUGGACAACUGUGUAUGUGUACACAUAUACACAGCAUGAGUACUAUAGGGACAAUGCAGUCAGUAUGCCCAAUUCAUUCUGAUGAUACUGCAAAUGGAAGAUGUGACGACCCCAUUCUAGUGGAGACCAUGAGCAACAGCCACCCUCUGCGGCCGCACAGCUCGGCGGCUCAGAUCGACCACAUGCACCUCCUCUCCGAGCAGCUCGGGGCGCUUUUGCCGGGGGAGGAGUACAGCGACGUCACGCUGGUGGUGGAGGAGAAGCGCUUCCCUGCCCACAGGGUCAUCCUGGCAGCUCGAUGCCAUUACUUCAGAGCCCUGUUGUACGGCGGGAUGCGCGAGUCCCAGCCGCAGGCGGAGGUGCGCCUGGAGGAGACGCACGCGGAGGCCUUCUCCAUGCUGCUGCACUACCUGUACACGGGCCGGGCCAACCUGGCGGAGGCGCGCGAGGAGACGCUGCUGGACUUCCUGGGCCUGGCGCACCGCUACGGCCUGCAGCCGCUGGAGGCGUCCAUCUGCGAGUUCCUGCGCACGCUGCUGAGCACGCGCAACGUGUGCCUGGUGUUCGACGUGGCCAGCCUCUACUGCCUGAGCAGCCUGGCCGAGGCCUGCUGCGCCUACAUGGACCGGCACGCCCCCGACGUCCUAGAGUCCGAGGGCUUCCUGUCCCUCUCCAAGACCGCCCUGCUGACGGUGGUGCGCAGGGACUCGUUCGCGGCGAGCGAGCGGGAGAUCUUCCAGGCCCUCUGCCGCUGGUGCCGGCACAACGGCGAGGGCGCCGAGUGCCAGGAGGUGAUGUCGGCCGUGCGUCUGCCGCUCAUGAGCCUGUCGGAAAUGCUGAACGUGGUGCGCCCCUCCGGCCUGCUCAGCCCCGACGACCUGCUUGACGCCAUCCAGACGCGCUCGGAGAGCCGCGACAUGGACCUCAACUACAGGGGCAUGCUGAUUCCAGAGGAGAACAUUGCAACCAUGAAGCACGGCGCCGUGGUGGUGAAGGGCGAGCUGAAGUCCGCCCUGCUGGACGGUGACACGCAGAACUACGACCUGGACCACGGCUUCUCGCGGCACCCCAUCGAGGAGGACGGCCGGGCCACGGGCAUCCUGGUGCGGCUGGGCCAACCCUCCAUCGUCAACCACGUGCGCCUGCUGCUUUGGGACAGAGAUAGCCGGUCCUACUCGUACUAUCUAGAAGUGUCGAUGGACGAGCUGGACUGGGUCCGCGUCGUGGAUCACGCAAAGUUCCUCUGCCGCUCAUGGCAGAACCUCUACUUUCCAGCACGGGUCUGCAGGUACAUCCGUGUAGUUGGAACUCACAACACAGUCAACAAGGUCUUCCACCUAGUGGCUCUGGAGUGCAUGUACACCAGUCGACCCUUCACUCUGGAGAGAGGACUGCUCGUGCCCACGGAAAACGUCGCCACGGUGAUGGCAUGUGCCAGCGUGGUCGAGGGCGUGAGUCGGAGCCGGAACGCGUUACUGAACGGGGACACCAGCCACUACGACUGGGACUCGGGCUACACCUGCCACCAGCUGGGCUCUGGAGCCAUCGUCAUCCAGCUGGCACAGCCUUACAUGAUCAGCUCCAUGCGGUUGUUGUUGUGGGACUGUGAUGAUCGUAGUUACAGCUACUAUGUGGAGGUUUCAACCAAUCAGCAACAGUGGACCAGGGUGGUAGACCGCACCAAAGUAGCUUGCAGAUCAUGGCAGACGCUACUUUUUGAUGGGCAGGCUGCUUCGUUCAUUCGUAUUGUCGGCACCCACAACACUGCCAAUGAGGUCUUCCACUGUGUCCAUUUCGAGUGUCCCGCCCAGGUGGAAACGGAGGUGAAGGAGAACCCUCCGGGAUCUGACCAGAGCGGCCCUGAGCCCAGCUCCCAGCAUGCUCCUCUGUCCCGCACCCAGAGGCCUUCGCCCUCUCCCUCCUCCUCCUCCCACUCUUAGACUGACUUGAUGUUUAUCAUGAACAACAACCCCCCCACACCCUCUGAGAUGCUUCUUAUUAUGCUUAUGAUGUGCUGCUAAAAAAAAGAGAUGAAUCUAUGUAGGCUAUAUUUAUAAUAAAACUGUGGUGAAUGGUGAAAA